AUGUCGUUCGGUCUUCUCUCGGAUAUCACUUAUGCAAGCAAAUCGUCAACUUCUAAACCUUUUUUGGCUUCUGACAAUGAGAUUUAUGAAAUCAUCAGUCGUGCAAUUAAACGUCGUCAAGAAUCUAUUGAUCAAUUUUCUCGGGCUAAUCGUUUAGAUCUAGUAGAGAAUGAAUCUUCUGAACUACUUCUUUUGAAUUCUUAUUUACCUCAACAAAUGACUGUUCAAGAAAUUGAACUUGAAGUUGUAAAAGUUAUUGAUCAAUUUGAUCCAGGUGAUGUUGGAAUUAAGGAUUUGGGAAAAAUAUUAAAGAAAUUGAAUCUUGAUAAUGCUAGAGCUCCAAAAAAAACCGUAGUUGAAGUUGUAAAAAAAGUCUUAUCAUCACGAAAGACUGGUUAG